UUAUUUUGAUUUUUUUUAAAUUUUUUGGCGAUAAGCAUGUAGUCUUUCUCCCAAGGAGGAGUUGGUUUGAUCGCUCAGGCGGAUCAACAUUUGGUUCUACAGAUUCGACACCUACGAUAUCUUUUUCAAGACACAGGUAAUGCAACCAUGGUUGGACCGUUUCUGCAGUAUCAUCUGUCACUGAUAACCCUGACAGCUGUCUCCCCUGCUUUCUCAAUUUUUAUUCCAGCAUGGCGUAAGCAUGAUCUCAAUCAUCCAACAUCCAUAAUACACACUUGCUAUACGGCUUUUGAUCGUUUUAACUUUCGACCUGAUUUCUCUUCGACAUCUCUUAUAUUACUGCUAUAAUUGCCUCUAAAGGAUCUUUUUGUUUCAAUACCUUCAGAUCAUUGGCUUCAUCGCCAUCCUCAGUUUUUAGCGCCUCAAUUCUUCGUUUUGGACCCCAUCCAACAGCGAUUACGCAUCCAGAUAGAAACAGGAUACAGUACGAAACCUCAGUUGUGUAAAAGGCUGAAAAAACAGAUACUCGAGCUCAGGACCAUACAACUCCAACCAUACUUGUG